CCGGGAACAUUUUGUGGCACGGACAACGCCGACGUCGAGGACUGGCUUACGAUGUACGAGCGAGUGUGCGACAACAACAGGUGGGAUCCUACAAUGAUGCUUGCAAACGUAAUAUUUUAUCUGAGGGGAACUGCGAAGCAAUGGUAUGACACACAUGAAGCUGACCUAACGAGCUGGGAUGUCUGCAAAGAAAAAAUGCGAGACCUGUUUGGCAGACCUGUCGGUCGUCAGCUGGCAGCAAAAAAAGAACUUGCGUGCCGCGCUCAGACGUCCACAGAAUCCUAUGUCGUGUACAUACAGGAUGUGCUGGCCCUCUAUCGCAAGGCUGAUGACAACAUGACCGAGGCAGACAAGAUUGGCCAUAUAUUGAAAGCCAUGAAAAUCGUAGCUUUCAUCUCCGUUCUAAUACAUGGUUCCUUGGCCGGCACUUCGGUUAUCAGAAUGCCAGAGGAAGCCUUACUUUCGAAGGAUGCCAACCUGCCCUUGCCAGAUCAACAUUUCAAUAUUACGAUCACUGGCAACUUUUCAGAUAAAGUCUUCAUGUUCAACUUGACACAUGGACACCUGCAUACAGUAGCGAAGCGAGACAAUAGUAGGAGUGGCAAAGUGUGCACCACAGAAAGCGGCGAUGCCUUACACGUAACCUGUCGUGUAGCAACGGCGGGCUGGUGCGCCAAGUACGACGGAGUCGUAUACAAUGGAACAGAUCAACCUGAAGAGAAAUUUGCCGAGUCAUUCAAUGUUACUGUAACAAUAGAGAAAUAUGAAUCACCUCUCAAUCCUGCUGACGUUACUGUAUAUAUCAGAGUGCUACAUCCUCCUUCUGGUGAAGGUGUCAACUCGUCUUCCACGUACACCACACAACCAGAAAUUGCAGAACAGGCAGCCAUUGCAUUGGCAAUUUUAGACUCGAAGAGAUCCAGGAUACACAGUGAUUCUAAGCCAGCCGUCCUAGAAUUUGCCAAAGCACUCAUCUCUAGACAAGCCCUUGCAAUUCUUGACGGAAAGGUCGUCAAACCCCACACGAUCAUCUGGUUUCCUGCUCAUAUGCGAGACAUCACCGGUGCUCGCGCCACCCUCAAAGAAUCUGCCCACAGCGCUGCACGAGGACUUGCCAACUUUGCAGCCGCAAGGCAAGAAGAUGUUGAGGUUCCAGAUUGCAGGGACCACCUCCUCACGUACAACGAGCUAACCCAGGACUUCCCUUAG